AUGUGGCAAAAUGGGCAGCCACACAGACAUACCUACAGGGACAUUCCGAUUCUGCUUGAAAUGGCUGAAGAUGAAGCCCUGCACACCGAAAAGAUCAAACGCGAGAAACUGAAAAGAAUUUCUUCAAGAGAGGCUGACACCGCUCACCAACAGCUAAACACAGGAGAAAGUGGAAAGAGCGUAAAUGGACGGUACGGGUCUAUCUUAGCAUCGCCGGAAAAUCAAGUUCGCCAGGCCAGCGCAGCCCUACGUAAAAUCUGGCGAAAAAGUAACGAAAAUUCGUUUUCUUUGAACGCUGUUGAAGCAGAUGUCCUCUCCAAGUCAUCAUUCAAGAACUCGAACACGUUACAAGAGCUGGAUAACGUGUACAACAAGCGUCUACCAGCUCGGGUAAAUGAGUUCUCUGCCGAGUACCAAAAAGGAAUCGCCACUGAGGAAGCCGCGAGGGAGAAUAAACUCCGUCAAGCGGAACAGAACUAUAAGAAAGAGUAUCAAAAGAUAGUAGAGCAAGCAGCGGAGAAGAGGCAACGCGAGGAGGCUGAACUACGCGCAAAGCUGGAUGCUCAAAAACCAGAGGCGCAGCAGCAGAACCAAGAAGUCGCCCGAGCCGAUCCCACGCAAACGGAAAGAAAAGAGAAAACGCCAGUAGAACUUGACAGACGCCUUGAAGGAUUUCUGUCAAGGAGUCAAAUCGAGGAGCAGAUUAAAUUGUGGGAAGAUUCGUGUCGCUCUUUGAUCCAGCCGAAGACCGAUUCAGACAAACAAAUCGCCAUGAAAAUCAAACGAAUGAUCGCUGUUCCCAUCGGCGCGUUAACGCAACGAAGCGGCGAGGACUUGAAAAUUCAAAUCAAGAAAAUCGGAGCCUUGCUCGAUGGAAAAGAGCUCCCGAAUCAUCCCGAGACCGCGGCGUUUUCUAUCCUCUGCGCUUCGCAGCGAAUGGUCCGCCUCGCCGAAGAGCAGCUCUCGUCAAACGAAAAGGCAGCCUGUGCUGCAGCAGCCGCCGUUAUUGCCUUGUGGGAUCACGACUCCAACUUCGGACAGCUCUUUAUGGCGCAUCUCUAUUUAGCUUGUCCGAUUCUUCUACCAAGAGAUCCUCAGCCUGUCGAUAUUGAUGAAACAAGGAUGAGAUCAUACGUGGGGUACGCUCGCCUAAUCACUUGCAUGGCAUCAUCAGAUUGUGCCCCAGGAAAAGAUUAUCAUCCCUUUGGUAUUGAGAAUCUGUGGAAAAUUCUAGCUUCAAUUCUUUUACUGCCUACUGGUAACGAACUCGGCCCUCAUGUAGUCUACGAAAUUCUUAGAUACAGUGGAAAGCGUCUUUCCGCAUAUUAUAACAAUGCUUUCUCUCAACUCCUUGCGUUUAUCUACAAUCACUACAUUCCAACCGCAACUGGAGGUCCUGCAGCGCGCCUUUCUUCCAUUCUAGACGGCAAAGCACCGAAACUCGAAUAUCCAGAGCCAUACUUUCAACAGCACGACUCAUGCGUCUCGUACGGCGAUCAAAUGUCCAACUCCCCGCAAGGAUCGUCAGGCUCUAUUGGCCACAUUGACAAUAAUCUCAACGCAGACUUUGGGCCCGAAACAAUCAAUCCUGGAGAUUUAGCAGAUGAAGUCGCAAAGAAAAGAGCUAAUAGACUUCACAAAAAUAGAGUUGCUGCACGCGAAUGCAGAAGAAAAAAGAAAGAAUACAUUAAGUGUCUGGAAAAUCGAGUUCAAAUCCUAGAAGCACAAAACAAAUCAUUAAUCGAAGAGCUGUCCAAGCUGAAGGAGCAGUACCAAAAUCAACACAGUCACAGUGGGGUGACUCAACCCCAGCCUCCUGUUCACGCGGCGAACUUAUCCGGCCAAUUUCAGCAGUUUACUGUCUUCGCAGUACAAUCAAUUUUGAGUGUCUUUCCAGUGGAAUGCUAA